UAAAUGCAACGGGGGUCUCGUCUCCCUCACCUUCCCGACGGCGACCGGGCCGCCAUAUCCUCCUACUCCCUCCUCUCCUGCUCUAUCUCCUGUCUCUACCCUCACCAACUCCACCUCCCGAGGAGAGUUCAGAAGCCCGAGGCAAGGACAAGGAGGGAGGGGGGAGAGGGAGGGACGGGGGCGUGGGAAUUGUCUCGUGAGGUGGUCCGACAUGCGCACGCUCCCCGGGCUGGGAUUCUAGACCCAACAUCGUCCGAGCCGGCCGGACGCGCAGCCACUAAGAACAGGCGCGCCCUUGCGCCGCCGACUCUACCUCUCGUCGUCCCCGCCUGGGCUGCCGUGGAGUGGAGAUCCGCCGGGUUCUGGAUUGUUUUCUACUCUUUGUUGCAGUUAAUCCCCCCCCCCCCCCCCCGGCACACACACACGUUAGGUGCGCCGCUGAACUCCGGUGCUGAGUUCCUGCAAUGGCCCGAAGGAAUGCCGGCGCAAUACAGCGGGAGGGGUCUGUUAAGGACUGGGCGGAAUUCGACCCCACGCCGUCCCCUAAGCUGGCGUACUCGCAGACCUAUGUCGCGAUGAGGGGGCUGUUGACGUCGGUGGCCUCCCUGGACCCUGUCCUGAUGUCGAGCAGCCUCAAGUCUGCGUGGGCAGCCAUAUCGUCACACAAGCACGCUCGGUCCUUGGAGAGGCCAAAGUCAAAGGGGAUGAACUGGAAGAAGGCCAUGUUCCAUCUGCUUGUGUGCUUCUUGGUGGGAAUUUUCAUCGGAUUCACGCCGCCCUUCUCGCUUGAUUUAUCCAAGAGAAUAGCUUCUGAAAACGAGAGGCUUCCGUUAGAUGGGGAUUUGAUCAAUAGACAAUCAGAAGAAUUUAGUGGUACGAAGUUGGAGCCGUUUGCAGUGGAGGCUGAAGCGACCGAAGACCCACAGGUUGACAAGAGUCUUCCAGUUCCUGCAAUGCUGGAUGAUGAAGCGGACUUUAUUGAAGCCUCACAUAUCGAACCUUCUGUUAAUGACUCUGGCAUUGUUGUGAGGAAGCAGCUGAUAGUUGUGACAGCAACUUCUGUUCGACCACACCAGGCGUAUUACUUAAAUCGUUUGGCUCAUGUGUUGAAAAAUGUACAGCCUUCUCUUCUCUGGAUAGUUGCGGAAUGGCCAUAUCAGUCCCAUGAAACAGCAGAGAUCCUGAGGUCUUCUGGGGUUAUGUACAGACAUCUUAUCUGUAAUCGGAAUACUACAAAUAUAAGGAAGAUUAUUGUCUGCCAAAAGAACAAUGCAAUUUUUCAUAUAAAGAAGCACCAUCUAGAUGGUAUAGUGCAUUUUGCUGAUGAGGAGCAAACAUAUUCAGUUGAUUUAUUUGAAGAAAUGCGCAAAAUCAGGCGCUUUGGUACAUGGCCCGUAGCAGUACAUGUUGAGACCAAGUAUAGGGUGGUUUUAGAAGGGCCCCUUUGUAGGGGUAAUCAAGUCACUGGAUGGCAUACAAACCAGAGAAGGGGUGUAGCUCGUCGAUUUCCAAUUGGUUUCUCUGGGUUUGCUUUUAACAGCACUAUACUUUGGGAUCCCCAGAGAUGGAAUAGCCCCACAUUAGAGUCUAUUAUACUCCAUUCAGGUGGCAGAGGUGGCUUGCAGGAGUCAAGAUUUAUUGAGAAGCUUGUUGCGGAUGAGAGUCAAAUGGAAGGCCUUGCAAACAAUUGUACUCAGAUUAUGGUCUGGAAUUUUGAUUUGGAACCUCCUCAACUCAACUACCCUACUGGCUGGUUGCUGCAGAAGAACCUAGAUGCUGUUGUGCCUAUAACAUAAACGUCUUGCUGCUCCUCUUUUUGUUUUGCCCCUCUAGUGUGAAUGAUGCCUUCCUGAACUUGGUAGCAUCCAGGAUCAUGCGAAGCUGCUCUGCCAAGAUCUGGUUCAAAUUAUGUCAUACUUAACAGUUGAAAGCAAGAAGCCUGACAAAAGAAAAUUCUCUCUCCCUGCUGCAUUCUUUUCUAUGCUCAUUCUUUCCCCCAUGUUUGUCAAGCUAGAUAUAGGCUUGUACAUUUAUUUUUUUCGCUUCAGUUUGUUACAUACACACACACAUAUAUUGCUUUACAGAUGUGAAAGUCUGCAUCCGUUGCACCUGUUGAAGGUCACAGAAAGAUACUCUCUUGAUACAUGAACAAAAGCUAAAUCAAAAUCAUAGAUUGGAGUUGAUAACAGUGUUAUAUGGUUGGUCGCCAUUCGUUAGUUCAUUCUUCACUAUUUGUGUUGUACUUUUAUGAUAUUUUAUGAAUUUUCUUUGGGUUAA